CGGGACUAUAUUUUCGUUCAGGAAGAAGGGUUGAAGUGAGGUGGGGAUGAGAAAUCAUCAUUUACCGUAGUUAGCUCGCUGCUAGCUGCCCGGAGCCGACUGCCGANNGCUUUGUAGCCGAAAUCGGUAGAUUAUUUAACUCUCGACAGGCGCAACGAUGACCCUCUGACACCAAGAAUGGACAUAAGUUAACAAUGACGGGGGAGAAAAAGAAGAAAAAGCGGCUGAACCGCAGCAUUCUUCUGGCAAAGAAAAUUAUAAUAAAAGAUGGAGGAAGUCCUCAGGGGAUCGGUGAGCCCAGUGUUUACCACGCCGUGGUGGUCAUCUUCCUGGAGUUUUUUGCAUGGGGUCUCCUUACCACCCCGAUGCUCACGGUAUUACACCAGACAUUCCCCCAACACACAUUCCUGAUGAAUGGGCUUAUCCACGGUGUCAAGGGCCUAUUAUCAUUUCUCAGUGCUCCCCUGAUUGGAGCGUUGUCAGACGUAUGGGGACGCAAGUCCUUCUUGCUGCUUACGGUCUUCUUCACGUGCGCGCCCAUUCCACUGAUGAAGAUCAGCCCAUGGUGGUACUUUGCAGUCAUCUCCAUGUCCGGCGUCUUUGCCGUCACCUUCUCUGUGAUCUUUGCCUAUGUGGCGGACAUCACGCAGGAGCAUGAGAGGAGCACGGCAUACGGUUUGGUAUCCGCUACGUUUGCAGCCAGCCUGGUUACCAGCCCGGCCAUCGGCGCCUACCUAUCUGUAGCGUAUGGUGACACAUUGGUGGUGAUCCUGGCCACAGCCAUUGCUCUGCUCGACAUCUGCUUCAUCCUGGUGGCUGUACCAGAGUCAUUGCCAGAGAAGAUGAGGCCAGCAUCGUGGGGAGCGCCCAUCUCCUGGGAACAGGCAGACCCCUUCGCUUCUCUGCGUAAGGUGGGCCAGGACUCCACAGUGCUCCUCAUCUGCAUCACAGUGUUUCUCUCCUACCUCCCCGAGGCCGGCCAGUACUCCAGUUUCUUCCUCUAUCUCAAACAGGUCAUAGGCUUCACAUCAGAGACAGUUGCUGCCUUUAUUGCUGUGGUGGGGAUCCUCUCAAUACUAGCUCAGACGGUGGUAUUGGGGAUCCUGAUGCGUUCUAUAGGGAAUAAGAACACAAUCCUGCUUGGCCUCGGCUUCCAGAUCCUCCAGCUGGCGUGGUACGGCUUUGGCUCUCAGCCCUGGAUGAUGUGGGCGGCUGGAGCUGUCGCAGCCAUGUCCAGCAUCACCUUCCCUGCCAUCAGCGCCAUCGUGUCCCGUAACGCAGACCCCGACCAACAAGGUAACUGUCUCAACUGCAUCUAUCGCCUUGUUUAA